CCAAGGGUUAGGCACUGGGAAAGUCCUGACAACAGGAGCCCUGAGAAAACCUCAGACCUCUUCAGAACUGUGGGAACUAGCUUUCCUGUUAGGAUCUGCUCUUGAAGCAUGGCGUACAUACUAAAGACACUCAACAGGUGGUUCUGGUGGGAGAAUAUCUGGAUGCCCAUCAACUGCACGUGGGCAGAUUUUGUGGACCGUGAUGGCCUCGUGUUCCCCAAACCACACCAGCUGUACGCCACGAUCCCGUACGCGUUUGUGCUGCUGAUCAUCCGCUUCUUCACUGAAAGAUAUGUUGCUAUACCUUUAGCAAAAGCCUUGGGUAUAAAGAAUGUAAGACGUGUGAAGCCACAGCCUAAUCCUGUGUUAGAGAGUUAUUUCCGGGAGUGCUCAAGACAACCAUCCCAAUCAGAGAUCAAAGGCCUUGCCAAAAAGUGCAACUGCACAGUCCAUUUGGUGGAGAAAUGGUUCAGGAGACGGCGAAACCUGGAGAUCCCAACCGUGCUCCGGAAAUUCCAGGAAGCUUUCUGGCGAUUUUCAUUUUAUCUGACAUCCUCCAUUGUUGGAUUUAUAUUUCUGUAUGAUAAACCCUGGUUUUACGACAUAUGGCAGACGUGGGUUGGUUAUCCGUUUCAGACCUUGCUGCCAUCCCAGUACUGGUACUACAUGGCCGAGAUCGGCUUUUACUGGUCUCUCAUAUUCACCCUCGGCAUUGACAUCAAACGCAAGGAUUUCACGGCUCACGUCGUUCAUCACCUGGCAGCCAUCGGGUUGAUGAGCGGCUCUUGGUGUGGCAAUUACGUGCGGCUUGGAACCCUGGUGAUCUUCGUGCACGACACUGCGGAUUUCUGGCUCGAGGCAGCCAAAAUGUUUAAUUAUGCUCGCUGGGAGAAAACUUGCAACAUACUGUUCAUCAUCUUCUCUAUUGCAUUCUUCAUCACCAGGAUGAUUCUGUUCCCCUUCUGGAUUCUUCGUGCCACACUAUAUCAGCCUACCUACUACUCCACCACUCCUGUCAUAGCAUAUUUUUUAUUCAAUGGGAUGCUAUUAACCCUCCAAGGCUUGCAUUUAUAUUGGGGUUACUUAAUUUUCAAGAUUUUGAAAAGGUUCGUUUUCCUAAAGGACUUGAAAGAUGAUCGGAGUGAUGAAGAGGAGGAGGAUUCUCUUACAGACAUUGAAGAGGAGUCCACAAAGAGUGGCACCAAGAACAGCAGUGGGUCAAGCAAACACCUCCUGAGCAGCAGUCACCACUAGCCCUGUCCUGCCUCACCUCCUGCAGUGAUUCCUGCUCUGGUUUUAGCCCAACCUACAGGACAGGAUUUAAGUCAAAAGGCUUGUGAGAGACUGUGAUUGAUUUAUUGUUGGCUACUGGACCUGGAAAAAAGCCCAGUUUAGAGGGGAGGGAGAAAUUGCAUAACAUGACAAAAUGUGUUAAUGACCCACUUUCAGAAUCGUUGUGGAGUGUGUGGAAAGAUGUUUGGACACGCUGACUGACAGUGCUCCACGAGGGCAAAGCUCAAGAGAGUCAAGUAAUUUAGUGUCCCGCUGAUUCUAAUGUUGUUUUUCAAUCUGAUAUAAGAUAUAUUUCAUCAAACAAUUUAAAUCACAGAUGUUUCGUGGUAGGUAGGUAGUGUGAACUCCAUUAGGAACCAGAAUUACUCAAUGUGGGAAAAAUUUGAUAGUGCUGUACAGUGACUGGCAUUUUAUCUUUACUUUUCAGUUUAAACCCUCAUCAAAAUGAGUAUUUUUCUGAGUUAUAUUUCAUUUCCUGGAGGCCAGAGGAAGCGAACGUGGAGGAAUUCAAAUUACUUGUCUGUGAAGGAUUGGCUUCAGUGUAGAAAUAUAGUCUUUCUCUGAAGUGAUAGAUAGCUGAAAUAUUGUGUCAAGGAAGUCACUGUUAAAACAGCAAAACUCAGCCCCAAUUCUCCAUUGAGCUCCAGGCUUCUCAAAUGUCUUUCAGUCAUUUUGGCCAUUUCAGUCAUUUCAGUCAAGUGUUAGAACAGAAGGUGCAGAGGGGAGAGAAAGGGGAAAUUAAAAUUGGGAAAAACACUCUCUGCUCCUCACUCAUCUUCAGACCAGGGAGUUAAAACCAACUCUCAUCCAUUCCCUUCUUGUGACCUUGUCUCACAGCUUUGGAUGCUGCCUUUUCUGGAGCAAGGCCACCAAGUUCUGAUUUGUGGUUCUGGAGUGUUCACUGCAGGUACCCGGGCACUGGGGAGCAUGGGACUGGCACAGGAUGUCACUGUCACUGCUGUGGGUUCCUUUGGUACCAGGCUCUGUAUUUCCAUCUCUGCUCUUUUAUAAAAUCAGCUGGACCCAAACUUGGGGUAUGUGACUUCAGCCACGGGCUGUUUAUGCUGUAACCAGUGAGCAGCAGCUCCUCUUACCCAAAGUGCCUCUACCCUAAAUUUGCACUUCUGUUCUAACACAAGGGGGGCUGCAGCAGCAUUUUCAGUCCCGGGGCUCUCCAUGGAGAGCCCAGGCCUUGUAAACAGGGUGGUGCCAGUCCCAUUUCCCUCUGCAUUAGCUCACAGGGUCAUAAAGGAUUUGUGUCAUAAGUUUGGGAGGCGAGAGGCUCUGCAUGUGGUUCUACAGUAGCUGAGAUCAUCUGGGGAGCUAAAUCCAGUAGUUUGAUGGAGGCCAGGGGACCACUCCUAGAGCAGCCUCAGUCAGCGUUCGGGUCAGAACGGCUCCGUUCCCUCCAGCAGGAAUUGGUGACCUACGGGAAGCGUUACUGGACUGACUUGUUUUCCCAAGAUUUCCUUGGCAAGUGGGAUGUAAUUCAGUGACUGAAGCAUUGAAAGAAUGGGAAAUGUUUGGGAUCUCAGAUAUGAAGAAAGAAGUCAGUUUCAUGCAGUUACAAGAAGCUGUUAGGAGGGCUUUGGUACAGAGUCUACAUUUUUACUUGUAUUUUGACCGUUUUGGACCCAAAUGUGCAUGUUUUACCACAAAGGGAAUUACACUGAGGAAGGAGCAUGGCCUACAGCUUCUGAGAAGGAAGGGAGAUGUGUGGUGGUGGAAAAGGACCCCUGUCCUGGUGCUUGUAGUUCACUUGGGCUGAGUGGGCAGAACCCUGUGGGCAGCCUUUGGUCACCAGUGCCCUUUCUGCACGAAUGAGAACACCUUAAAUACUGCAGGGGGGAGCAUGGGGAGUGUAAGCACUGAUGGCAGCAUGUAAAGCAACUGCAGAGUUUGGCAGGGGCACAGUUGUUAUCGGGGCCCGUUUAUUGCCUGCGUGAAAACACUUUCCUAACAGAACGUGGAAAUCCGGCGUCUUGGAGGAUUUGCACUCCCCUGGGAGAGACAGCCGUGCUUUCUUCGAGAUGUAACGGGCUUUUGGGAGGUGGCCAAGGUAUUAUCAUUUGAUUUUGGUGCCAGAAGCUUUCCUCCUAUGACUAGGAAAGGAAACACAAAGGAUGAUGUUGUCACAGGAAUGAGCCUCUGAACAACUACUGAUUUUUAAACUGGAAUUUAUAGUCUCCUUGAGGCCAAAACUUUGCCUUUCCUACUCAGGACAAGUCUCCCACUGAAGCCAAUUAACUCUAUUGGAGUCUUGCCUAGGAGGAAUUUUGGACUGCAGUUAUCCAACCUAAUUGCAAGAACUGUUGUUCUAAGUUGAUGUGAAACUGAGAUCUUAGAGGAAGAACAAAAGGUAGAUGAAUUCAAUCAGAUGUAAAACUUUGAGGCAAAAUUUGGGUGAAUACAGAAGAAUAUGGAAGAAAGUAACAUCCUGAAGGUGAAGUCUGGGCACAGUGAGCAACUAAGUAAUAUUGCAGUGGGAGGGGGGGAAGGCAGGCCAGCCAUAGAGGGCCCUUUCCAGGGAUUACUGUCAUGGACAACCAAGGGGAUGAGACCUAAAAAUUCUGAAUGUAAACCACUGGUAAUAAAUACCCACAGCACAGAAAGAAGUGAGAAUGGGCUGUCAGAGUGUCUUCUGUUAACAUCAGGUUGGUCAUUCCUGGAGUUAUGUGCAUUUAAUUUCCCCCUUUUUACUGAUGGAAACUCAGAAACAAGAAGCUGAGGUCAUGGGGGCACAAUUUCUGCUAAAGAAAUUUAUGUCAUGGUGCUUCAAGAUUUUCAGUCUAUUCAAUGCAAUGCAAUGAAGAUUCAACAUUUUUAUAAUCUUGUUGUACAAAGAGUCUCAAAGUGCAGGUGCAGAACAACUGUAGGUGUGUAUAGGAGCACAGAUGCUCUAACAUUUUCUUUUUACCAUUUCACAAAGUGUGUCCUGCUUCAAUGAGUUGACACUGUGCAUCUGGUUUUGCUGUGUCACUUUGACUGUGCCACAUAUUUCUGAUAGAGCUCUAGACUGAAAAUCAAAUCUUAGUCCAUAAAAUGCAGGGGAAACUCUUCUGCUCUGUUUAAUUUCUCUGGAUUUAGUUCAGGUAUUGCUGUCCAUGUGUACUCUGCUUCCUCCAUACUUGUGUCAUACUUAGAUUUACCAGCCUGCUCUGGAUUGGGUUUACAGAUCUCCUUUACUCCACAGAACUCAUUUUGUCUAUUCGUGUUAUUUGGUAUAAUUAUUUUUUGUUGUUCUUAACACCACUG